AUGUCAUAUAAGAAUGCAGAAAAUCCUCAAUGUCCUCGUUGUGGUCAUGCAGCUUUUCAUGCGGAAUCAAUUCCAGCUGCUGGAAAAGUAUGGCAUAAGACAUGCUUUCGAUGCGGUCUUUGUAAGAAAAUGUUAGAAGUUCCAACUUUGGCUGAACAUGAUGGAGAUUUAUAUUGUAGACAAUGUUAUACACGUAAAUUUGGUAUUCGUGGUGUUGGUUUUGGUAUAGGAGCUGGAGCACUUGGUAUGGAUGCUGGUGAACGAUUUGGAAAUACACAAUCUUUGUUAAAUAGACCCAGCUAUCCUCCAAUGCCUCAUCUUCCACCAUCUAGAUAG